UCUCGUUACGUAAUUGAAGUUUCUGUCAUGGCCGCCGGACGUCAUGUAACCAAAACAAUCUGUAAAAUGACUGUUUCACGGUGACAUGAUGUCUGAAUCUCUGUAGCUUUAGAUAAACAUGGGAGCAUUUUUAAAUAGUUUUCUUCCGUAAUGGUGGUAAUUAUACAACUACAGGCAGAAAAGGAGCUAUAGGAAUUUACUUGUGCAGGAGCAGAGCUAGUUAGCAUUAGCGUUAAAAUUAGCAUUAGAAUUAGCAUUAGCGUUAUUCGGCUGAGGCUCCCAGUGUGGCUCGGCUGUGUAAGCGGGACAGGAGGGAGCUGUAUUUACACCCGCUGAAGAGACGGGGAACAGAAUUGGGAAACAGCACGGGGAAGCGGCGGCCGGUGCCGAGCCCGUGGAGAAGAUGGCAGGCAGCCCGGAGAAGAGCUGCUCCUCAGCCCAAGAGCUCAAAGAGCAUGGCAACCGUCUGUUCCUCUGUAGGAAGUACCAGGAGGCCGUCACCUGCUACAGUAAAGCUAUCAACCGGAACCCAUCAGUGGCGGUGUACUACACUAACAGAGCGCUGUGCUACGUGAAGCUGCAGCAGUAUGAUAAGGCUCUGGCUGACUGUAAACUUGCACUGGAGCUCGACAGCCAGUCAGUGAAAGCACAUUUUUUCCUGGGUCAGUGUCACCUGGAGCUGGAGAACUACGAAGAGGCUAUUGGAAAUCUACAAAGAGCAUAUAACCUGGCUAAAGAGCAGCGACUGAACUUCGGCGAUGACAUUCCCAGCGCCCUGCGUUACGCUAAGAAGAAGCGUUGGAACAGCAUGGAGGAGAAGCGCAUCAGCCAGGAGAACGAGCUGCACGCCUAUCUCACCAAACUGAUCCUGGCUGAAAGGGAGCGGGAACUCGAAGAUUACAGAGAGAAGCAGGGCGAUGACAAUAUGAGUGACGGAGACAUCAGCAAGAUCAAAACCAAACACGAUAAAUAUCUGAUAGACAUGGAUGAGCUCUUUUCCCAAGUGGAUGAGAAGAGGAAGAAGCGAGAGAUCCCUGACUAUCUGUGUGGAAAGAUCAGUUUUGAGUUAAUGAGGGAACCUUGUAUCACACCGAGCGGCAUCACAUAUGACCGCAAAGACAUCGAGGAGCACCUACAGCGUGUCGGCCAUUUUGACCCCGUGACUCGAAGUCCCUUGACCCAGGACCAGUUGAUUCCAAACCUGGCCAUGAAGGAGGUGAUUGAUGCUUUUAUCCAAGAGAACGGCUGGGUGGAGGACUACUGAGUGCACACACACACACACACACACACACACACACACACACACACACACACACACACACACACACACACAGAGAGGGGAGGAGUGUGAGGGAUGGUCAGAGCUGCUUCUGGAUGUACAUAUGCACUUUAAACUUCGCUCUGACUUGCCCCCUAAUGCUGGACUCUCUCAGGUCUCCCUCUCUAUCUAUACUAUUUGUCUUAUUCUGUUCAUUUUAUCUCCUGCUGCUGUGUAUCCUCUCUCUCUCUGGCUCUCUCUCUCUCUGUUGUGAUGUAAUGUUGUAUCAGUUUGAACUGGAUAAAGGUGAUGGGUUUGUAGUUUACUUUCCUUACCUCUCUCUCUCUCUCUCUCUCUCUCUCUCUCUCUCUCUCUCUCUCUCAUGUGCCUCCUGUUGCCCUCUCAAGUGCGUAUGCUCAUUGCUGGACUAUGAGAGGACCAGUGACUCUUCACAUGUAAUAUAGGGAAAAAACACACUAUAAUAUACAGUGAGUGUGUGUGUGUGUGUGUGUGUGUGUGUGUGUGUAUACACAUCCAUGUUCAGCAGUCUGGAGAAAUAUGGAGCUAUGCUUAAGUGUAUAAUAAACAAGUAGAAUGUUAUUACGAUUUAAUUAAAAUGUUAGAAUUGUAGUUAAAUUGUAGUUAGCUGCAUUUGGGUCUGUGUGUCUGUCCCCUAAUCUAUGUUUUUACACGGCACCCAAUCAACCUCCACACACACACAGACAGACACAAGUGUUUCUAUCCAUCCAAGUUUAUGUUUUAAGCUCGUGAACUAAAUCACAGCUAACCAAUCAGAGAAAUCGGGGCGGAGUUUGAAAAUCACAAGAAGAUGCAAUCAGGGCUAACGGCAGACGGGAUCUCGAUCUCGGAGUGUGUGUGUGAGGGAUGAGCAUUAUGUAUUGGCUGCCUUGUUUUCUCUUAAACACACAAUGUUCUGCAGUUUGGUUUAAGUGGAAAAAGUUAAAUGUUACAGUUCAUUGCAAGUAUUCAAACAGGAAGUGAAAUGACCAGGCGCAUGUUAAAUAAAUCUUAUUUUUUCUAAAAA